AGGAGGAGAGGGGGGCCGUCCUGCACUCCCAUCCAGCCUGGACUGUAGGGAGCGCUUAGUGUUCUAACCCAGAUACCAGACACAACACAGAGCCAGAGAGCCAGAGAGCCAGCUGAGGACCUGACAGAGCGCAGGCAUGAACGACAUCAAGCUGGCCCUGCUGGGAAGCCAGGGGGCUGGGAAAUCAGCUGUCCUUGUGCGCUUCCUGACCCGGCGCUUCAUCGGCGAAUAUGCCUCGGACACCAAUUCCCUGUACCAUAAGAGGCUCUCCAUUGAUGGCAGGCAGCUGAACCUGGAAGUCUUUGACCCCUGCUCUCAGAGCUCGGAGGCCAGGUGUAUUCUGGAGGAGCCGGUGGACUGGGCAGACGGCUUUGUGGUGGUCUACAACAUCAAUGAUCGCACUUCCUUCAUCGACGCCAAGGACAUCCUGCGGCAGAUUCGGGAAGAUAGAGUCGACCACUGCAAGGGGGAGAUGGAGGUUCCUGUGUGUCUGGUGGGUAACAAGCAGGACCUGUGCCACGCCAGGCAGGUACUUGAGGACGAGGGCCGCGGCCUGGCGCAGGAGAACCACUGUUACUUCCAGGAGGUGUCGGCGGCCGAGAGCUACCAGGACAUCGCCAACCUCUUCACACAGCUCAUCCGACAGGUGAUGGAGCACCUGAAGUACAGAGCGGACCGGCGACGUUACAGCGGCUCCAAGUCUAUGGCCAAACUCAUCAACAACGUGUUUGGCAAGAGGAGGAAGUCGGUGUGAUGGCUCCAGUGAAGCCUGUGGAUCAUCAGCUGGAAGGACGGGAAGGUUGUGUGUGUCGAUCCAUGAUAAAGGGAACCAACCAAGGGGUUAUGUACUCUGUGGGAAACCUGUCGAGUAUAGACACAGUGGUUAGACCCCAACAUUGUGUUCAGUAAGCAACAUGGAUGGUUGGUGGGAAGGUUUGGAUGGCGUUGGGACUGCCACUGACAAAACUUCAAGAAAAUGUAUUGUACACACAAGUGUAACUUGUUAUUAAGUUGGGAUAAAAGAAGGGACUAAUGUUGUACUGUUGUGAUCAAAACAAAGAAGGUCAUUACUGAAUAGGGCAGUGGGCGCCAACCUGAGGGAUGGGACCCUAAGAUGGACUCACAUGAUGAUUAAAUGGACAUACAGCAGUGAAACAAAACAAACACUUUCCUAUUCAUAAUGUAAGAAUACAUCCAAAACUAGAAUUUCGGGACCCAACAGUGUCCUCAUACACCACAUUUAAGCUCACUAGAUCUUGUUUUUAGUUUUGAUCUGCGCCAAAUUAUACACAGUCAUGAUUAGCAGUUCCCUAAACAUAUCAGAUUUUUUCCAGCAAGAUUCAUGGAUUAUUACCUCGGAAAUCAACAAAACUUUUGAACAACGCCAGCCAGUUAAGUGAAAAAAAAGUGAAAAAAUCCUAACCCUAACCCUAACCCUUCCACCAAGUUUCUUGCCUACAAUCAAACCAACCAACAAAACAACCCAUGAAGAUAGACGGCUGCUCUCCACUUAUAAUCUCUGGCUUCUUUAUGUCUGUGACUUUCUCACGUUAAACCUGUAGCAAACUCUUCAGACAUUUCCUCUGUUCCUCUUGAGACACAUUAUAAAAGCAGAUGCUAAUGAGCCACUGAUGAGCCACAGCCCCCCCUCGCCUGUGUGCUCACAGUGUGUUAUACUGCCGCAUCACGCUGACUGAACAUGUCGACACGUCACAUUUAGACCUUGCUUUAAGCAUCUCACUGCAGCUGUGUCCUGCAGCUGUGCCGACAACUGUUCAAACUGCUUUUGUCAGUUUGGGCAGCAAGAUGCCCAAGUUUUAUUCAUGAUGAGGGAAAAAGUCUUUUUUAAUGCAUUUCACUGAAACUUUCAUGAACAUUAUACAUAUAUAUUUUCAAAAAAAUGCACAUUUUUGAAGGGCAGUCAUAUUUUAUAGUUGAUUACUAUUCUUUAAGUAGAACGUCCCACGUUUUAUCUCCGACGGGUUGAUCCCCCCAGAACAAAGCAGUUUCAUUGUUUCCCCCAUAAUAGUUUUUUUCUCGUAGCUUAUCCUCACUCCUGUCGAUGCUUAAGGGCAGAGGAUGGUGCACCUUGUUAAACUCCAUGAAACAAACUGUGAUUUGUGAAUAUGAGCUAUAAAAUAAUCUAAUUUAAUUUAAUUUUAAUUUAAUUUGAGUUACCCAGACAACUGCUUGUAUUCUAUAAGAGAAAAGAUAAAUGAAUCAAGGGAUCAGUCACUUGACUGAUAAGUGGGGCGUCUUAAAUAUAGUGAAUCCAGGUACAGACACAGGCUAGAAAUUACAGAUUAAAGGAUUAUUUACUGAAAAUGGAGAUGAAUAUUAUGGGGCUGGGGCUGAGGUUAGAGACCAGUAGAGCAAGCAUGGGGGUGCCUGGUGCCAUGAUAGAGGCUUGCAUCGCAGAGCAGGGAGAUGAAAAGCACGGGGGUGAUGAAGGGAGCCAUGUGGGACAUGAUGACGGGCCAGGGGUUAGGAGUCAGAUAGAAAUGCUUGGGAAAGGACAAAUAGCGGCAUCAGGAUGAAACAGAACGGUGACUCGCAAUUUAAGAAAAAAUAGAGUGAAGAGGAGGCUAUGAUGAGGCAGAGUGUUCGUUUCAGACCUGGGUAUUUAUCAGAAAAUCAAGUGGCAACCUUUAACAGAGCUUUACCCAGAAUUUUCAAACAAUCAAUCAGUGUAUCAGUAAAAUAUGUAUUUCCUUAAUAGAUGUAUUGAUACUGAAGGUAAUUGUUGGCUUCAGCUUGCAAUUUUUGUAUGGAUGAAGGACGACCUAUGAUAGUGGACAUUUUACUUUAGUGCUACACAUUUACAACAAGUAUAUGAUUAGUUAAAUCAAAUGCAGGAAUUAUAAGGCUUGAAUCUGCAGCUUUUGGGACCCAUGGGUCAGUGGCCCUUGUGCAGCUUGUUUGUGUUGUUAUCAUAUCUCCCUCUCUGAAUGCUCACAUAGCCAAAACUAAAUACAUAAUUUACAUGUAUUCACCAGUGCAAUGAAUUAUAUCACCAUUUAAUCGUAAUCAUUAUUUUACGUGUUUUUUUACGAUUUAUAAAUACCCACUUUAACAAAUACCAAUUAAGUGCAUGAACUGAUUCAGUCCUGUGUUGUUCUUCUUAAAUCCAGUUAUGUCACCAUGAUGCUGUAGAGAAAGAAUGUACCACACAUGGUGAAAAAUAACUGAUUCAAACACUUAUGGAGUGAUUUAUUGGUGAAUGUUUGUUUGCAAAUACUGUGAAGAUAUUGGUGGUCCAGAAGAAAUUAAAGUGAAACAUUGCCUAAUGA